AAAAUAUCUGGCGUCGGAGCAACAUAUUUCCGAAAUGCUUGGUGAUCUUAGUUUACGAGAAAGUGAAAUAACUGAAAGUGAAGAAAGUGUGCCUGGUGAAAAACGUAUGUCUGAAGUAACUGAAGAAAGUGUGCCUCGAGCAAGUCCGGUGUGUGGUGAUGAAGAAAGUGUGGCUCGAGCAAGAUCGGUGUGUGGUGAUGAAGAAAGUGUGCCUGGUGAAGAACGUAUGUCUGAAGUAACUGAAGAAAGUGUGCCUCGAGCAAGUUUGGUGUGUGGUGAUGAAGUGUGCCUGGUGAAGAAC